CCGCAUGACCCCCUCUCAUGGCCCACUGUGAGUCCAGCCAGUCGUCGCGGGACGAACCCUGCUGCCGGCUGUCUCGGAGAUGCCGGGUCUGCCUGGGCUGCGGCCUCCUGGUGCUGAUCGUCUGCGCUGUGGUCCUGCUCGUAGCCCUGACCCGGUCCCCGACACGGACCCGCGAGCCCUUGGCGUGGAACGGGACGGGCACCACGCAGAACCUGUUCGCGAUCGUCCUGGGACGGUGUUACGCCUACACCCAGCUCCUCCGGCCGGGGCUCCGAAGCGAAGACUGCCCAAAGAUACUGGAUGCGUUCAAAAGUGCAUUUAUUUCAAAGAACCCUUGCAAUAUUACGCAACAAGACUACCGACCCUUAGUUGACUUGGUCAAUCAGACAGUACCCUGCAACAAGAGUCUCUUCUGGAGCAAGUCCAAGGAGCUGGCCCACCAGUAUGCCCGGGUGCAGGGGAAGAUGUUCACGCUGGAGGACACGCUGCUGGGCUACCUCGCUGACGACCUCACGUGGUGUGGAGACCCCGGCUCUGUUGAACCGAACUAUCAGUCUUGCCCACACUGGAAUGAAUGCCUCAAUCACACCGGCUCCGUGUUCUGGAAAGUGAUUUCCAAGAAGUUUGCAGAGUCUGCCUGUGGUGUGGUCCAGGUGAUGCUCAACGGAUCCCUCAGUAAACCCUUCCGUAAAUCCAGCAUUUUUGGAAACAUGGAACUCUUCAAUUUGGAUCCAAGGAAGGUUCACACGUUCCAGGCCUGGGUGAUGCAUGACAUCGGAGGAAAUUCUAGUGACUCAUGCUCCAGUCCUUCCCUCACUGAACUGGAGGCGAUUGUAACCGAAAGGAACAUUACAUUUACCUGCCAGAAUAACUACAGACCGGCCAGGCUUGUUCAAUGUGUGAAAAAUAUCGAGCAUUCGUCUUGUGCAUCUAAGAUCUGAGUCACAUUUGCGUUGGAUCUUGGAGCCCGUGUUAUAUGUGAGACUCAGCGACGCCCCAGUUGAGAGCUGAAGAUUUGGAGGGGAAAGUUCUUGGUCAUAAGGUGAACGCCAAAGACGGGAGCUUUGUCCCUCAGAGUACUAAGAUAACUUAAGUUAUCCGCAUAGUUUUUCUUGUGUUCCACUAAUAUUCAAGGAAAAACUUGUAUAAAAUUAGAAUGAAAUUUUUAUAUUAAAUUAUUUUUUACAAUUUUCAUGUUUUGUGUUUAUGUUGUUUAUAUAUUGGUAACUUUUUUUCCCCUUUUUUCGGCAGUGGUAGGGAUUAAAACCAAGGUCUCAUGUGUGGUAGGCAAGUGCUGUAGCACCAUCCCUAGUCCAGCUGGUAACAUCCUUCCUGUUGAAAAGUGAUCACACCAAACCUUUUUUAUUAAAACAGGCAAAUUAAGAAAAUAAGAUGCUCAAACUUUUCCGAAGACAGUACAGCAGACAUCUUUGCCUCCUGAUCUAGUUUUGUACCUUCCCUGUGCCUAACAUCAUAUAUUUAGUAUCAAGGCAGGAUCUGGAUUUGAACUCAGCUCUGUUCAGCUCCAGAGUAUAUGUGGCCUCUCCUAGGCAUAUAGUACCAAAAAUACCAAACUGAUAGCAUCUUAUGUUCUCCUCCAACAGAUGUGUGUUGGAUUAAGUUAAACACAGCACAAUCUAGAAUGUGAUUUUUCCAGAUGAUGUCCAAACAGAUUAAUUGUUUCCUCCUCUUCUUCCUGCUCAUGUUCAAUGUCUUAU